CCCUCCAUUGAAGCUCCUUGCUAGCAAAGAGAAAACUGGGAAGAUGAAGACCAGUCAUAGAGAAACACUUAUUCUGAUCUUAGCAUUUUUCUUCCUAACAAGAGGGAAUGCACAAGAUACACUUGUGCCUGCUAUCAUAACCUUUGGUGAUUCUGCAGUUGAUGUGGGAAAUAAUGACUAUUUGCCCACUCUUUUUAAGGCAGAUUACCCUCCCUAUGGAAGAGAUUUUGUCAACCAUCAACCCACUGGAAGGUUUUGCAAUGGAAAAUUAGCUACUGAUAUUACCGCUGAAACUCUGGGAUUCAAGAGCUAUCCACCUGCAUAUCUUAGCCCACAGGCGUCAGGGAAGAAUCUUCUUUUGGGAGCAAAUUUUGCUUCAGCUGCCUCUGGUUAUGAUGAGAAAGCUGCUAUUUUGAAUCAUGCAAUCCCAUUGUCUCAACAAUUAAACUACUUCAAGGAAUACCAAAGCAAGCUGAACAAAGUUGCUGGAAAUCAAAAGGCAGCAUCAAUUAUAAAGGGUGCAUUGUACUUAUUGAGUGCUGGAAGCAGUGACUUUGUUCAAAAUUACUAUGUCAAUCCUUGGAUCAACAAAGCCUUCACUCCAGAUCAGUAUGGUUCAUACCUUUUGGGAUCAUUUCAGAGCUUCAUCAAGGACUUGUAUGGAUUGGGAGCUAGGAAAAUUGGAGUGACCUCACUCCCUCCAUUGGGUUGCUUACCUGCUGCAAGAACUCUGUUUGGAUAUCAUGAGAAUGGAUGUGUCUCAAGGAUAAAUACAGAUGCACAAGCAUUUAACAAAAAGAUCAGCUCUGCCGCAGCAAAUCUCCAAAAGCAGCUUCCUGGUCUCAAGAUAGUUAUCUUUGAUAUUUUCAAGCCUCUCAAUGACCUUGUCCAGUCACCUUCAAAAUACGGUUUUGUGGAGGCAAGAAGAGGUUGCUGCGGGACUGGAACUGUAGAGACAACAUCAUUAUUGUGCAAUCCAAAAUCACCAGGGACUUGUUCUAAUGCUACCCAGUAUGUGUUUUGGGACAGCGUUCAUCCUUCUCAAGCUGCUAACCAGGUUCUAGCCGAUGCCCUAAUUGUUCAAGGCAUAGCCCUCAUCUCAUAAGCACUUAUUAGUGACUACCUUGAUCUCUAUAAGACUUACUUGCACACCACUAUUUCUCAUGAAAGUGAAGCAGACAGUUAUGUAAUUUAUUUAUUAUAUUGUCUUAAUGUUUCUGAUAAAUGUACUCAUUUGGAGGCUCCUUCUGUUAUGAAGCCAUAAAGGGCACGACUUGUUACAUUGCAAGAGAUUGUGAGCAGUUCUAAAAGCAGAUUGCAAUUUAUGUUCUGAUUUUUAUUUCACAUUUAAGAAAUAAGAAUUUCUAUACAUUAUCUCCAAA